UCCAUUCCCAAUUCCUCAUUUGUUUCAGGACUGCAGCCACAAGAAUCUCUAGUCUCUAUGAGCAACAGCGGCAGGUACACCUCAGGGAAAGCUGGACAGAGGCGCCGGAAGGAGGAAGAAGAAGAUAAUAGUGCAGCUGCUGACAUGUUAAGCUCUCUUCCAGAACCCCUUCUGUCUCACAUCCUUUCUUUCCUCGACACCAAAUCCGCAGCUCAAACCUCCGUACUCUCCCGAGCGUGGAAUUCCAUUUGGAAAUAUGCCCCUGCCCUUGAUCUUUGUCGAGGUUCUUCACAACGAGCUUCGGCCUUCAAAGAAUUUGUGCACGAGGUUUUGUCCUCCCGCAGCCACGUUAAUGUCCGCAAGGUUACCUACGUCGAUAAGAUCGCACGGUGGUCGGAUGAAACAGAUAAGAGCGUGUUCGUGGAGGUGAUCCAAUAUGCUCUGUCUCAUGAUGUUCAGCAGUUGGUCGUUGACGCGGGGAGCGACUCAACAGAUUUCAGAGACUUCUACAGGUUCCCCGGUAUGUUCGGCUCAAUCUCGAAUAGCAAUCUGAAAAGUCUAGAACUGAACUAUCUAGUAUUCGACACUGCAUUCGUAUCUUCUGGUUUCAAGAUGUUGACAUCGCUGUGCCUGGCCAAUUGCGCGCUGGCUGGUGAAAAGGGGGAGGACCUCGAUCCUUUCUCUAGGUUUCCUUGUUUGACGAACUUGGUCCUGCGUGCUGUCGAGCCUGUUGGGGGAGCGGUAAGGGUGUGUGGAUCCCAAUUGCUUUGCCUGGAACUCGACGAGAUGAAGUCAUUUGAGAUUGAAGUAUUUGCACCGAAACUCAAAUUCUUCCGUCUUCGUCAGCGUGCUAGCCCACAGGAACACUUGAGCUUAACCGUUCCCUCGCUGGAUCAUGCAGAGGUUGCUCUGACCCGCCUAUCGUUGAGCGACAUUGAGAGCAACUUUACGACGUGGGAAGAAUGGAUGCGGCAAAAUUUCCACUUCUUGUUCCGAGGCUUGCAUAAUACAAAAUCUUUGAAGCUAGAUGCCAAUGUCAUUGAGGUAUUGAGGAGGAUCUGUGUGUUUCUUGGACGGCAGACAUCCCCAUUUAGGAGACUGGAGUCCUUGAUUGUGCCAACAGACAGCCUACCGUACGAGCUUUUCCAUUACCUUUUCAAAGGAUCUUCUUGUGAAGAACCAUGCAUUCUCCUCGAUCUUUGAUAUGUGAGUUUAAGUAGAAGUUGUUUCUGAAUACUCAGUGGGAGAAGAAAAAAAAGAGUAUCUUUCUAUCUCUAUAGUUAUUUUCUUGUCAACUGCCUUCUUAAAUUAUGGUUAUGCAUAGUAUUGAAUCUAGUUUGUGCUUUGGUUCCAAUCUACUUGGACUGUUUUGGUUACACAGUCAAAUGACUAUAAUUGACGAGUUUUUUUUGUAUUCUUCGUAAAAAGAAGGGAAAAUACAAUAUAAUAUUCAUA